CCACCCCACCACCCAUCCACACAAUAUCUCAUUCCGCGCUUUCUCUCUCUUUCUCUCACAUCAACCAGAUUGAAGAAGAAACUGUUACCGCUGCACGAUUAUACUGUUUUCUCCCUCCGUCGCCGUCGGCAUGACUGUUGAAGCGCAGCGCUUGAAUCCGUUCAGUCCGCAGCCACUUCUCACCAGCAGAGAUAUGAUGAAUGAUGUUCGAGUCACCGGAAAUCCGUACGCCGGAGGCGUCGUAGGGUACGGCGGAGCGAUGCUCUUGCCUGGAAUCGCACCGGCGGAUCCGUUUUUCUCGAUGAACUGCUCGUCGGCGGCGAUCGACGCUUUGCCGCCGAAGGCGGCGGUGAAAUCUGACAGCGGCGUGACUUUUGGGCUUCCGCUGGGGCGGAAACGGUCGAGAGAGGAGGCCAGUCCGUUGUUGGCCGCUCAUCCCGCGUUUCAGAACAGCAAUAACCGGUGCGGUUCGUUGAGUUUCCUAGGUGAAGAUAUCUCUUCCCAACUCCUUCAACAGCAGCGAGACGUCGAUCGAUUCAUCGUUCAACACAUGGAGAAAGUUCGAAUGGAGGUCGGGGAGAGACGGAAGAGAUACGCCAGAAACAUUGUAUCGGCGAUUGAACAGGGGAUCCAGAGCAGACUGAAGGCGAAGGAGGCUGAAAUCGAGAACAUCGGGAAACUGAAUUGGGCUCUGGAAGAGAGAGUCAAGUCUCUGAGCGUAGAGAACCAGAUAUGGAGAGAGAUGGCGCAGACGAACGAGGCGAGGGCGAACUUCCUCCGGAGCAAUCUGGAGCAAGUCCUCGCCGGCGGAGUAGCCAGGGGAGGCGAGGCGGCGGAACUGAUGGACGACGCGCAGUCAUGCUGCAGCAGCAACCACGGCGGUCACGACGUGGACGGCGACGGAUGCGGUUCCCCGGCCGCGGAAGUAGGAUCGGCGGGGAGCGAGGACGGGAGAAACGGUCAAAGAAAUAGCGGGAAUUGCAACAGCAUUGGCAGGCUAUGCAGAAAAUGCGGGAACGGAGAGUCGUGCGUUCUGCUGUUGCCGUGCAGGCAUCUGUGCCUCUGUACCGUCUGUGGCUCCUCCCAACUCUUUUGCCCCAUUUGUAAAUCCACCCAAAACGCUAGUCUUCACGUUAAUUUCUCUUCUUAGAACUUCCGCCCAUAUCAAACUCAAUAUACUACUACUGUUUUU